CAAGAAAACAGCACACCGUAGAAGAAGAACCGUUACUAACAGAGUAAUGGCGGUAUAGACACUGGGUUGGCAAGGAACGAUAGGAACAAUGUAGCUUUAUGAUGCUUUUGUGGUAAUUAAGGGUUUAUUUAGUUUUAGAUCGGAGUCUAAGGUCUGUUUGUGUUUGAAAAUAAAUAUCCCCUUGUAUUCGUGUCUGAUAUUCCAGUAAAUCAGUGUGUUAUCAGUCAGCUGCAGCUGAAGGAGCAAACAUCGUUUCAUUGUUGGAAACUGAAACACUUUCUGUCGUUUUCUGGACAUUAACGAUGCCGCUGGGAUUGAAGCCGUGCUGUGCUGUCUGCAAGACGAACUCUUCGUCUAUGUGGAAAAAGGGAAACCAGGGCGAAAUCCUCUGCAACAACUGUACAGGAAAGACCAGCAGCGGGGGAGCUUCGGGACCCUCAAUGUCCUCCAACACUCAGCCCAGCAACGGAGGGGGGAAGCAGGUCGGUGAAAUCACAGUUUUAUCUAUAAUGCUUCAAAGUUAUUUAAAGUGACUAUGACACUGAGGUUCUCAGGUUCAGUUUAAUCAGCUGUUUUAAUGACUGAUCAAAUCUUGAGUUUUGGCCCUUGAUAAACAUAAAACAAAACGGAAACAGCUCAGUGGAUCAUAGUGUAUUGUUUGAUAUAGGGGAGAGUGGGGUAAGUUGAGUCAAAGGGUAAGUUGAGCCACCCCCUGUUGCUUGGAAAUGGUCAAAGAAAUUACUCAUGUGACUAAAUGGUGACCUGGGGCUGCUAUGACUGUUUAAUGUUGUUGUCUUGGCCUUUUAAUUUGUAUGUACAUUUUUAUUUUUGUCUAUGUGAAUCACUUUGUGACUCUUUUGUCUGUGAAAAGUGCUAUACGAAUAAAGUUUACUGACUUACUUACAAAUAUUUAGGAGAUCAAUUCAUGGAGUCUGUGAAGGUUAGAAGCACAUCAGUGAAGGGGUUGGACAUUUAUUUACAAAAAGAAAAAAACAUUUUCCACUCUUGAAAGUGAAUUUAGUCUGUCAUAAGUUUUAUUAGAAUUGUGUUCAGUCCUGCAUGUUUUGGAUGUUUCCCUGCUCCAACACACCUGAUUCAAAUGAUUAGCUCGUUAUUAAGCCAUUACAGAGCUUGAUAACGAGCUGAUCAUUUGAAUCAGGUGUGUUGGAGCAGGGAAACAUCCAAAAUAUGCAGGACAGUGGGCCUCGAGGACUGGACUUGAGAACCACUGACAUAGGUGGCCACUUUUUUUGGCAUGCUAUACUAUCAAGGCAGUUAUGUUUACACUCAUUCUGUUGGUUUGCAGGGAUGCACGACAUCUUGAAAUAUAUGCAGAUACACUAGUCAGAGAUAAAACUAUGACUGCCUUGAUGUAGUGAUCCGAAAUAUGAAAAAUGGUUCAUCUUACCCCACUCUCCCCUCUGCUACCCUCUUUCUCAGUCUAAGCAGGAGAUCCACAGGAGGUCAGCACGUCUGAGAAGCACCAAAUACAAAGCUCCUGCAUCUGAGAAGAAAGUGUCCACAAAAGGAAAAGGAAGGAGACACAUUUUCAAGCUCAAAAAUGUAAGUUACAGAUGUAUUUGAUUGGGAACUUGACAUUUCUGAGCUUUGAAUGUCUGUUUUUGACUCCUGAUUGUGUCGUAUCUCUUUUCUCAGCCAAUCAAAGCUCCAGAAUCGGUUGCGACAAUCAUCACGUCAGAGUCAGUUUUCUAUAAGGUAUGGUGCCAAACUUGACAAACUUCAUCUAAAUACACUUCAAUGACAGCAUUGUUGUUUCAGCCCAUCAUCCUGAGAUAUAUGUGAGAGAAACAGCCAGUGUCUUAUUCUUAUUCUCAGGGCGUGUACUACCAGACCGGAGAUGUGAUCAAGGUAACAGAUGAGGAGGACAGGAAGCCGUAUUAUGCUCAGAUUCGGGGCUUUGUGCAGGAUCAGUACUGUGAAAAAAGUGCUGCUCUGACCUGGCUAAUCCCCACCCAGGCCAGCCCAAAGGACCUGUUUGAUCCAGGGACGUACAUUGUCGGUGAGCAGAUGAGAUGCUACAUUUUCAAACAACUUGUACACCAUUUAUGGGACAGCCUAAUAACUGUUUGUUGUGUUUAGGUCCAGAGGAAGAUCUGCCCAGAAAAAUGGAAUACCUUGAGUUUGUGUGCCAUGCUCCCUCUGAAUAUUUCAAGUCCCGGAGUUCUCCGUUCCCUACCAUCCCCAUACGCCCAGAGAAGGGCUACAUCUGGACCCACAUAGGACCCUCUUCAGCUGUUUCUGUCAAAGAUUCUGCCAGCAGCAGCAGUAGUUAACAUAAUGUGCCAUGGACUGAGCCUGUUGCUAUUAAACAGACAUUUGUAUAUUUAUGUAAUAUAUUAAAAAUGAAGACAUAGGAAAUUGUGUAACUACGAAGAAAUCUUUACACAGCUGCAACAUUGAUACUCACUUUUGUAUUUAGUAAUAAACAAGAAUUCUGUUUAUUACCAUCC